AUGCAGAACCAUCUUAACCGACGCGGCGAGGCUCGUGUUCAGGUGAUUUUUAUCUCGAGAAUUCGGCCUCUGGUGCCAAUCGUGCAGACAACUGGUGAUGUGCUCGAGUGGACUUGGCCAAGUUACUUUGGUAGUAACGAACUCCGAGUCAGCCUUCAUCACGGUUCGGGAAUCCUUCAGCUUAUAUGUGAAAUAUGCUUAACUAACCACUUGGUCAAGCUGGUUAGCCUAAGGUUGAGUUUUCCUACCAUCAAUUCAGUACACCCCACGAUGAUAUGGAAGCUUUGCCUCGAAAACUUAUUCCGGCUAAACUGGAUUGCUUUUUCCGCCUCACCGUCUCCUUGGAAGGCCGAAAGUGAUUCAAAACCAGUUCUUGGGUAUCGUAGCGGGGUUGCAACUCUGUAG